GUGCCCGCUACAGGGCAGCUGCCAGCCGGCUCAGGAAGAUGGGGCAGAUGGCGUUCCGCUCGUGCCUCUCUUGCCUGGAGCUGGUUUGGGCUUGAUCUCGAGGGAAGGGAGGAGCAGCGCAACUCUGCGCACGUGGAGGAAAUGGGGCGGGGAGCAUGCACACGUGGGGGGCUGAGGAUUAGCGGGUAGGCAUAGUGGGGGUAGGGCGCGCACUGAGGGAAGUCGGGGCAGCGGCGGGUGAGGCCACAGACCUCCACGGGCUUUUGCCAAUAAGUUCCUAAAUGUAUGGGUUGGCUUUGGCGUAUGCAGAAGGGAGAUGCUUACAUAGGAGAUUUAACCCACAGUUGUCAUAAUGCUUCUCCACUGAAGCGGCUGAUCAGGUACUCUGGAUGUGUUUGUUGCUAUGGGAGAUUGGAACACUAUUGCAGUGCCAGCACUGUUGCCAGAUAAUACUACUACUUGGUAUACCUCAGCCAAAAAGAUGUCCCCCUCAAGCUUAAGUGUGCAGCAAGUGUCACGUUCACCACUGCCUUUGUCAAAAAGUGCGCACAGCUUUUUUAGUGCCUUUUGCACAGAAGAGAAUGUUGAACAGAGUCUCUCCUAUCUUAACAGGGAACUGACUACGCUUGGCUUCCCUUCACUUUAUGCAGACUCCAAAGGUAAAGAGUUAGGUGUAGUAUCGGUUUUAAACUGUAUGAAUGAACUGCUUCUGCUUCAGCGCAAGAAUCUCCGAGCUCAGGAAGAAGCAGAAACCCAGCAUUUAAAACUGGGCAGUGAUAUGGACCAUCUGCAGAACUGCUAUACAAAAUUAAAGGAACAGCUGGAAACCUCAAGAAGAGAAAUAGUUGGACUUCAAGAAAGGGAUAGACAACUACAGUGCAAGAAUAGGAAUUUGCACCAAUUACUCAAAAAUGAGAAAGAUGAGGUACAGAAAUUACAGAACAUUGUUGCAAGUCGGGCAACCCAGUACAAUCAUGAUAUGAAGAGGAAAGAGAGAGAAUUCAACAAACUGAAGGAGCGUUUUCAUCAACUCCUUAUGAACAAAAAAGAUAAAAAAUGUGCCAUGGAUGUCCUAAACUACGUUGGCAGAGUUGAUGGUAAGAGAGGUGCAUGGAGAACUGGGAAAACAGAAGCUAGGAAUGAAGAAGAAAUGUACAAAGUUCUCUUAAAUGAGUAUGAAGAGCGCCAGAAACAGCUUCUGGUAGAAAAUACUGAGCUCAAGAAGCUACUUCAGCAAAUGAAGAAGGAAAUGAUUUCUCUCCUUCCACCGCAGAAACAAAAACCUAAAGAGAGGGCUGAAGAUGGCAAUGGAACUGUCCUAUCAGACAUGGAGGAGGACUCUGGAGAAGUAAAUAAAGAGAACAUGUGGGAACUCUCUUGUGAAACAGUACGAGAGCAGCUUGCUAACAGCAUUAGAAAGCAGUGGAGAAUGCUGAAAAAUCAUGUGGAAAGGCUGGACAACCAAGUAUCACAUGUGCACUCUGGAACACUGAAUGAUAAAGAUACAAUCUCAAGAGAGGAACAUGAACUGGAAAUUGAAAGGCUACAGGUAGAAAUUCAACAGUGUAAAGAGAUGAUAAAAACUCAACAGCAGCUCUUACAGCAGCAGCUAACUUCUCCAUGUGAUGAUGAUACCAAUAUGUUGCUACAGGACUGUUACUUACUGGAAGAAAAAGAGCGAUUGAAGGAGGAGUGGAAACUCUUCAGAGAACAGAAGAAGAACUUUGAGAAAGAGCGGAAAAGUUUUACAGAAGCUGCUAUUAGACUAGGAAUUGAGAGGAAGGCAUUUGAGGAAGACCGCGGGGCUUGGCUGAAGCAACAGUUCUUGAGUAUGACUUCUGAUCACAAUAAGACUGAACAUGUAAAACCUCAAAGUGCCUUCUCAGGAAGUUCUGACUCGGAUAAUCCGUUAGCGAAUUUAAGGGCUCGCCAAAAGAGACUUAACCACUUGUCCAGUGUAUCCAAGUUCUCAGACGUUUGUCAGGCAACCCAGCAUAUUCCUGAAAACAGCUCAAAUGCUCGGCUGGAUAAAACACUUGAAGACCGAAAGCCAAGCCAGGUUCGAAGGGAGCAGCUGAGAAAGAUACAGGCUAGCAAUGCCAGCCCUGUUGCACAUGAUGAUGCGUACAGUUUGCACAUGCUGCUGCCAGCAAACUCUGACACAGACCGCAUAGAUAACUUGCCUUAGAUCUCUCGCCUCUCUCACUCCCUUUUUGUGAAGCAAAUGUGUCCAUAAACUUUCUGAUUUCAUUUGGUGAAACAGGGUGUCUUGAGUGGAAUUGAUCAGUGAAGGUGAUAGCAGUUGUGCUGUAUGUGUGUGGCUCCCCCCACCCACCCAAACCUUUCCUAUCUGUACCCUUUUGAAAGGCUUUAAAAAUCGUUAGAUAUAUGUAUAUUCUUGAAAUGGGAGACUUCGUUCUUUGACUGAAGGAAUGUAUGACUCUUCUAAUAAUGAAAUGCUUCAGCCUUUGUAUUUUUUACUUUGGGCAAAAGUAGCACUUUUAGCACUAGGUAAUGGUGAAAUGCUCACUUGCGUCUCAAGUGUAACUAGCAUUGAAACUUUUUUCCUUAACUUGAAUGUACAGUAUAUUGUAGAUGAUUAACAUGGCAGGCUCUAUAUUUAUUGUGUGAUUUCAGAUUACCUCUUUGUAUCUCUUAAACAAAAAGCAAGAUCUUAGCUUGCAAUUAGAUGAGAUAUAAAUGAUUAUGCGAAGAUGCCAUGAAAUGAAAUGCACGGAUCCAAAAAUCAUAGUAUUUUACAUGCCAACUGUAAUGGUGGUUUUUUAAAUUGUGCUACUAUGUUUACAGAUGUUUUUUGAACAAAAUCAUUUCGGUCAAGAAUAAAAUUCUCUUAAAAUGCAUCUGCAAAUAAAUGUAAUAAGUAUAUUCUACAAAA